AUGGGUCAGCGACUGAGCGAGGAGUGGCAUGAUAAGGAGGACAAGGAGAUCGAGCCGGCGGAGCUCCAGGAGUGGUACAAGAAGUUCACAGUGGAGUGCCCCAGCGGCACGCUCUUCAUGCACGAGUUCAAGACCUUCUUCGGAGUCGAGGAGAACCCGGCCGCCGCCGACUACAUAGAAAACAUGUUCAGGGCCUUUGACAAGAACGGAGACAACACCAUUGACUUCCUGGAGUACGUGGCAGCCUUAAAUAUGGUCCUGCGCGGCAAACUAGAGCACAAGUUGAAAUGGACGUUUAAAAUGUACGAUAAGGACGGCAGUGGCUGCAUCGACAGGGAAGAGAUGAGGGAGAUUGUGGAGGCCAUCUACCGCAUGAAGAAGGCUUGUCACGGAGAGCUGGACGAGGAGUGUAAUCUGCUGACCCCAGACCAGGUGGUUGAGCGCAUCUUUGAGCUGGUGGACGAGAAUGGAGAUGGGGAGCUGUCUCUGGAUGAGUUUGUGGACGGGGCCCGGCGGGACAAGUGGGUCAUGAAAAUGCUUCAAAUGGACGUGAACCCCAAGGAGUGGUUUGCCGCUCGGAAGACUUCGGGUUCAGGCACCGAAGCCAGUGACGGCUAG